AUGACAUCCAUCAUCAAAACCCUUUUGCUUGUCAUAGCCCUUGCCGCACUUGUGUCAUCAUCUCUUCUUAGCCACCCAGAUUCCCUAAGAAAUGCGCAGUUGAAGCUCCCACGGAACCCCCUGGAGUUAGAUUUAUCCCUUACCGAAGAAAUCCCCAUGGGUCCUAUCCGCUAUGUUCAGUGCUUUGCUGUCGGCAGUUCUUGCAGGUUCGACACCGACUGCCCUCGGCCAUCUGAGGACCACUGCACCGCUCUUGCAAAGACCGAAAGGCGUGUUAUUCCUGCCUCAUCGAUAUGCAUAAGUGGUUUCUGCCGUGUGAAAGAUGCCCUGUGGAAUGACUCCUGCGAUUGCCACAUGGGAUGUAGCAAGCGCCACGACUUAGCCUGUGUUGAGGGCAAGUGUACCCCCAGCAAAUGUACUCCCUGUGGGGAGACGCCGAAAUUAAUUAAAUGCUGCCCCCCCGGAGUGAUGGGCCACGACGGAACAUGUGUUUGCAAGGUUUCAAUGACCUAUACUUGA